AUGGACGCCUCGAACAUCCCCCUACCAACCGACAACCUCCCAGAUGACGAAGAGCAAUCAGAAGACUGUCUAAACCUCUCCAUCCGGCUCCCUCCAACAUGUCUCAGCAGCGAUGGCGCCCUACGUUCUGACGCCAAACUCCCAGUCCUAGUCUUCAUCCACGGCGGCGCUUUCUUCCUCGGCUCCGCAAACAGACCAUACUACGACCCUUCAAACCUGGUCCUGCACGGCAUCCAGCGGGGCACACCCUUCAUCAUGGUUUCCAUAAACUACCGCCUUGGGGUCCUAGGCUUCAUGCACAGUCCCUCAACCUCCAGCCUGAUCCCCGAGAACAACGGGCUGUACGAUCAAGACCUCGCUCUCCUGUGGGUCAAGGAUAACAUUGCGGGCUUCGGCGGCGACGUCGAUAACAUCACUGUGAUAGGUCAAAGUGCAGGAGGCGAGAGUAUAUCCGUAAAAACAACCCGCUCCCCGGUAUUCAAGCGCGCAAUAGCAUUCAGCGGUACCCCCGUGACAAUGCCUAGCAUGACGCCCUCCGAGCACCACGCCAACUUCCUCAGCCAAGCGUCCUCACUCAAUAUCCCCCUCAAGAACAGCGACGGGAACGAGAGAAGCGCGACGGCCAUCGCGAACGAGUUCAUCGCCGCCGACGUACAAAAGAUUCGGGAAUUAGCCUGGGUCGGCCUUCCGUGUGCGAAUACGGAGUUCUUCCCUGUCGACAAGCCGAGCAUGGAACUGACGAAGAGAGGCAAAAUGGCGCCCGAGAAUUGGCGCCAGAGGUUCACGCCCGUGGAGGCGCAGAUCGUUGGGUCUACGACGUACGAUGGUGGGAUAUCGUAUAACAUGAUGAGUCGCGAUCCUAGCCGCAAGAACCACGCUAAGGCGUUUGAGCACAUCGCAAAGGACAUGUUGGGCGAUGAGGUUGGCGCGGAGUUGUGCACGAUCUACGGGAUUAAGGGUGGUAUGUCGGAUCCUGAUGCGCUGCAGGCCGUGUGUCUGUUCGAAAGCGAUAUUGGUUUCUUCGCUGCGGCUAUGGCGACUGUGGAAGCCGACCUGAUUCCAAAGACGUACUUCCAGAUCUUCGACCUGCCAAACCCGUUUGAUGCCCCUAUUAGGAAGCAAGGAGAAUUUGCGACGCACACAUUCGAUAUCGUGACGCUGCUGGGCGGCGUGCAUGAAGACCGCCUGCCGGAGAGCUACACGCCUAUUGUUAGUGCGUGGAGAGAUGCGAUUUUGGACUUUGUGGUGAGUGGGAAGAAGCCAUGUGAAGAGUACAUUCGCGAUGGGAGGGAGGGGAGGAGAGGGUUGAUGGUUAAUAAGGACGGAGUCAGGGAGAUUGGGGAGGAGCAGUGGCUUGAUAACGAUGAGAGCAGACGUAGGAGGCUGUUUGAGCUUGCACAGCGGGUCAAGGGUGAUGCUGGGUGUGACGUGCUUUGGAUGGAUGUUGGGAGGCGGUUUUUGAUGAAGGGCGAGUAG